CUGGAAAGGAGGACCUCCUAGAAUGUGCUUCUUGUUCUUGCACCCUUCGGUGUCUCAUAUAAAUAUUAUGGCCAACAACAGGAUUUCCGUUGCACAUCCAUUUCCCUUUCCUCUUUUCACGAUAAAUCGCGUACUUCACUACUCACACCCACAACUCGUAUGGAUCGUCACCCUCUCCUCUUUUAAACGCUCCAAUCCCGAUUAUCCUUAUAUACCUUUUUACACUAAGACACCUGUCUACAUACAAAGAACAACCCCACCAUGCAGAAGUCUUCGAAGUCACUCAACCCUCUGCCAUAUGCAGAUUUCAGAAGCGAUACAGCGACGGCCCCUACGCCAGACAUGUUUGCGGCCAUGAUGAAGUCCUCCUUAGGAGACGAUGUCUACAAUGAAGACGACUCCGUCAAAGCCUUGGAGCGCUAUGUGGCUACGUUAUGCGGUCACGAGGCUGCACUCUACUGCUCGUCAGGAACAAUGACCAACCAACUGGCCCACCGAGUUCAUCUCUCGAACCCACCUCAGUCUGCCAUAGUUGAUAUCCGGUCUCAUGUCUUCAACUAUGAGGCAGGGGGUAUCUCCUUCCACUCCCAAGCAGCCGUCUAUCCUAUCAUGCCCGCCAAUGGACAAUACCUCACUGUAGAAGACAUUGCACCCCGCCUCGUAUUUGAUGUAGACGUCCACUAUGCCCCCACGAGGGUGAUCUCGCUCGAGAACACGCUCAAUGGAACCAUCAUGCCUAUCGAGGAGAUUGUUCGGAUCCGGGAGCUAACAUUGGAGCAUGGAAUCAAACUACAUCUGGACGGGGCACGGCUAUGGCAUGCCUCGAUCGCGACGGGCAUCUCGAUGCGGGAAUACUGCAGCCAUUUUGAUACGAUCUCCUUGUGUCUCUCCAAGGGCGUCGGUGCCCCGAUCGGAUCUAUCCUCGUAGGUAAAGAGGAUACCAUCAAGAAGGCAAGGCACUUCCGACUCUUGUUCGGCGGUGGGUGGAGACAGGCCGGGUUUCUGGCCGAGGCAGCUCUGUUUUGCAUCAAGACCAAUUGGCCGACGAUGGAGAACACGCAUCGCCAGGCACGGUGGCUCGAGCGUGCUUUUAGGCAGGUGGGCUGCCGUAUUACCAACCCGGUCGAUACAAACAUGGUCUGGGUCGAUACCACAGAUGCAGGAUUCGGAGUCGAUGUGUUGAUGGCCGAGCUGGCUAAGGAAGAUAUCAAGAUCAGUGGCAGUGGGUUUAAUGCAAGAGUCGUUCUGCACUACCAGAUCUCGGACGAGGUUAUCGGCAAAUUUAUCGAUGUUCUCCACAAGUUGGCCAGCUUACCGCGCAUGAAGGUCGCAGUCGAUUUGACAAGGAAAUCAAUGCGAGAGCAACCGUCAGGGAUUUACAAAAGCGAUGAUGAGAGCCCGCCUUCAUCUCCAGCACCUUGCGCCCUGCCCAGUCCCAAGAAGCUGCCGCUGGAGGAUCCAGAAAACCCGCGUUCAAAAGACAGCACCGAUCCUGAAGUGGCCACAUCGCCGCUACCAGACAAGGCUGUAUUCGAAGAAAAAGAUCUCUCAAGCAAAAAACCGCACUGCUUCUUUGAAGGGGAGGAGCAGGAGAAGGAUUCGGACGGACUCGUGACGCCACCAACACUUCCGCUUGGGGCUAUCCGUCGCAAAGACCAAUGGCCGCUUCCAAACUCGUUCUCGUCACCUUCGGCAUUCUUGAAAGGAGCAGAUCGACCGGUAAGCGCAUACGGCGCCCUGAGCUCCGGCGGCAGCCUAGAGGAAGUCGGUAACGCCCAGAAAGAGCAAGAUGAGUCCACGGUGCGCAGAACACAGUCAUUGGACAUUGUAGAGACGAUGAGGCAGCAGACGGCGUUCGACAAGGGCGCUGACAAGUCGCUUGGAGCGGAGGCGAAGAAGAUGAACAAGUUGCAGUAUCGUCUGUCCCACAACCCCGCGAGCAAGGCUCUCAAGCGUGCCAGUGGCCGGAUUGUCCGGUGGGGCUCUCUUUUAUCCCGCGAGUCAUGAAGCUCCUUCGCUUCAUCGGGCCCCCUAUCUUGCAACACACGAUUAGCCCCUUCCCCAGGGCUUUCUUCUUUCCCCUCUUGAUAGUCACACAGCCAUGUUCCUGGAGGCACAAAGUUAAAAAUAAAAAAAAUCUGUUCUGUCCA